UAAAAUAUUGUUAUUGUAUUCUUUUUUUUAACCGUUGACCCGACGCAAUCACGUGAUCUCACAACCCAGCAAUGACCUCUCCUGCUAGCUAACGCUGGCUGGCUGGGAUAUCUUAAGAAAUAUCUCAUUGUCGCCGAGUAAAUUUCAACAAUGGGCCAGACGAAGAAAGAAGAAGAUUACGGAUACGACUUAUUCCCGGAGAGGAACGCCGGGAAGUACAAAAAGGGCUCCAUCGCAGAGAGCCUGUUCACUUUCAACCACAAGUGUCAGGUCAUGUUACAGUUAGCCGUGGAAACCAGUCCAUAUGCCAAGCUCCUCCUCAGUGCCAUGAAAAACUCUGGAUGUAAAGUGUUUAAAGACCGCCAUUUUGCAUGCGAAGAUUGCGAUGGGACGGUCAGCGGUGGAUUUGAUGCAGCGACGUCCCAAAUUGUCUUGUGUCAGAAUAACAUCCACCAGCAGUCUCACAUGAAUCGAGUGGUCACGCACGAGCUCAUCCACGCCUUUGACCACUGUCGGGCUCACGUGGACUGGUUCAACAACUUCAGACAUUUAGCGUGUUCUGAGAUUCGUGCCGCGAACCUCAGUGGCGAUUGCUCCUUCUCCAACGAAUUGGCCCGAUUCCACUUUGGAAUGAAGCAGCAUCAUCAGGAGUGCAUCCGAGGCCGUGCCGUCCGCUCCAUCCUGGCUGUGAGGAAAAUCAGCCGCGAGGAGGCUGAGAAAAUCGUGGACGAGGUCUUCGACACGUGUUUCAACGACCACGCACCGUUCGGACGGAUCCCGCACAGCAAGAAGGACGCUAAAUUUGCCAACAGGGAUUAUGAGAACCGGAAUCGGUAUUAUGCAAAUCUUUAGUACCAUAUUCAAAGUUCUGGUGGAUUUUUUUCCGGGGCCGUGUGUUGCCGAUGAUUUUCCUUCAAAAAGGAUUGUCAGGAUGGGAGUCGUCCUCUGAGCAAGAAACAUUCGUUGUCACUUUUUGGACACUAAUUCUGUAUAAAGGGAUCAAAAGUAGUCAAAAGAAGCCAAUUAUAUGAAGACGUUUUUUUCUUUUUUUUGUUUGUUUGUUUGUUUUGUUUUUGUUUUUGUUUUUUAAAUUAAAGUGUGCGAAUGGCACUUUUAUGUACUUU